UAUCAUAAAGAAGAAAAGGGUGGGAGGUGUGAUGUUUGGCUUUGUGGAGCUUACUACGUUAAGGACUUUAAAAUGAUGAUUCAUAGCCAUUGUAGAUCUAUAAAUUAAAAUCGGCACAUUUGUAACAGUACAGAAAUUUGUAAACUACGUAUUUAUCACGGAAAGGAAGUGUUCCAUUUUCCGGGGUUGGAUUGUGGAAUGAUUUUCCCUUCUCAAAGGAGUAUGUCCAAAGUGACUUUCAACGAUCAGACUUGAUUUUCAUGUCUGCAUCCACUUUGCACACACUUAAUUUUCUAGUUCAUUUUGUAUGCCUCUACUGGAGGCUAGUUAAACUGUUCAUGAUGCGGCGAAUCAGUUUUUUCAGCAGAAAGCUGUUUUGUGGAAAAAUGGAAACGUUUUAGUUUGCAAUGAUAUUGUGGACAACUAAGUUAGACUGUUCUUGCAGACAUUCACCGCAAAGAUUUGCACCAUGUGGUUACUACCUUCCAUCUGAUUUGACUUCUACUUUGAGAUGUUUUCUGACCAUGUUCCUCAAUUUCAACAUAUGGAAGAAUUGUAUGCGAUAUAUAAGGUUUGGUUCUGCUGUGAGAAGAUCUUUUAUAGUGAAAUCACCAGCAGAGACUUUGAAUUCGGGAUGGAAUCUUGGAGAACAACUGCCUGGCAUGUCAGAGGCAGCACUUUAUGUUCACUGGCCAUAUUGUGAAAGGAGGUGCACUUACUGUAACUUCAAUAAGUAUAUUGCUCGUGCUGUUGAUCAGGAAGCCAUGAGGUAUGUCAUGACCAAGGAAACUGAGACCCUCAUUCAACUAAGUGAGUUGAAAUGUGUUACAUCAGUGUUUUUUGGCGGUGGCACCCCAAGCCUGGCUGAGCCUCAGACCAUUGCUGCCAUCUUGGAUACAAUUGCCAAGUGGGCUCAUAUUCCAUACAAUGCAGAGAUCACAUUGGAGGCAAACCCUACCUCUUCAACUAUUUCAAGGCUCACAGAGUUUAAGAAUGCUGGUGUGAACAGAUUAUCUAUUGGCCUUCAGUCCAUACAGGAUAAAGACCUUAAAAUCCUUGGAAGGAACCAUACUGCUAACGAAGCCCUUCAUAUGCUUGCAGAAGCUAAAAAGCUGUUUCCAGGACAUAGUUCUGUGGAUGUCAUUUUUGGUCGAUCUGGCCAGACCCUGGAAUUGUGGGAAAAAGAACUGCAGGAACUGCUACAACUGUGUGAUAACCAUGUAUCCCUUUAUCAGCUCACUUUAGAGAGGGGGACACAGCUAUACAAGCAGGUACAGAAUGGCCAACUGAGCAUGGCUGAACCAGAAAUUGUGGCCACAAUGUAUGAAGCAGCACGCUUGAUUUUGAGAGAAGCAGGAUUUUACCAAUAUGAAGUAUCUAACUUUGCUAAAAAUAAUGCUGUGAGUCACCAUAACAUAAAUUACUGGCAAGGCGGACAGUAUAUUGGAGUCGGACCAGGAGCUCAUGGGAGAUUUUCAUUAAGAAAAGAUGGUAAGAUGCAGAGAGAAGCGAGGAUUCAGACCCUAGAACCGGACAUCUGGAUGAAAGAAGUGCUACAGUUUGGACAUGGAACUCGGAAGAGAGUGGCCCAGAACAAGCUUGAUAUAUUGGAGGAAGCACUAGUUUUGGGAUUAAGGAUGACAAAUGGAAUCUCACACCAGCAUUGGCAGAAGAUGUCCCCUACCGUUGGUUUACAGGAAGUGUUUUCAAUGUGCCCAGAAUUUAAAGACCUAACAGAGCAGGGAUUUCUGAUAUUGGACCAGAGGGGCCUGAGGUGCUCUUGGAAAGGUCUUGCUCUUCUUGACAGCAUUUUACCAACACUUCUGAUCCAGCUCCAGGUGUCGUUUACUGACAGUGUGUAAGACUAUCCAAGGAGAAGAAAGCAACAGUCUCUGGACUGCAUUUUCAGGAUAUUGUCAGUAUUCUGUUUGAAGUGCACUGAUGGGAUUAAUUUUAAGGGCAUUAAAGGCAAAGUAGUAAUCUGA